AUUUGUACGCAUAUCCGAUCAUUACCAACCGAGAACAAGACAGUGAAUACUGGAAGAAGAGAGUUGCAGAAACACGAACCCUAAAGAGUAUAAUCAGAAAAAUGGAUAUUGGGAAAGUAGGUGAGCUCAAAGAAUUCAUAGAAGCAUGCAAGUCAAAUCCUUCUCUUCUUCACACUCCUUCCCUUUCAUUCUUCAAAUCUUAUCUUCUCAGCUUGGGUGCCAACAUCCCUCCACAACCCAAAACGGUACAUCUUCCCUUUAUAAUUAAUUACCCAUUUUCACUUAUUUACUGCAAACAGUUAGUUACACGACACUUCUAUUGCAUGCAGGAACCUGUUGUUGAUGAUGAUCAUGACAUUAUAGAAUCUGAUAUUGAGUUGGAUAACACUGAUGUUGUUAAACCUGAUAAUGACCCUCCUCAAAAGAUGGGAGAUCCUUCUGCUCAAGUAACGGAAGACCAGAGAGAUGCUGCUCAACUAGCAAAAUCAAAAGCACUUGAUGCUUUAUCACAAGGUUAUUUCGAUCAAGCUCUAGAUUUACUCACAGAAGCCAUUUUGUUGAAUCCGCAUUCAGCCAUACUUUAUGCCACCAGAGCUAGCGUGUUUAUCAAGAUGAAGAAACCAAAUGCUGCUAUUCGUGAUGCUGACACUGCCUUGAAGAUUAAUCCAGACUCAGCGAAAGGAUAUAAAAUACGGGGAUUGUCAAGGGCUAUGUUGGGACUCUGGAGAGAAUCACUCAGCGAUCUUCGCGUGGCUUCAGGGAUAGACUACGACGAAGAGAUUGGGGUGGCGCUUAAAAAGAUUGAGCCUAAUGUCCACAAAAUUGAGGAGCAUAGAAAAAAAUAUGAACGCCUGCGGAAGCAGAAGGAGCAGAAAAGAACUAAACCAAAGAAGCAACCACAAGAUGAAGCUCAAGAUAAAGACGCAUUGUCUGCUUUAAAAGAGGGAAAAGUGAUUGGUAUUCACUCUGUUGGUGAACUGGAAACAAAGUUGAGCGCUGCGUCAAAGACAUCUCGCUUGGCAAUCCUGUACUUCACUGCAACAUGGUGUGGUCCUUGUCGCCACAUUUCACCAGUUUAUACUAGCUUGGCUGAGAAGUAUCGGAGAGUGGUUUUUUUUAAAGUUGAUAUAGAUGAAGCAGUGGACGUUGCUGCACGCUGGAAUAUUAGCAGCGUUCCAACAUUUUUCUUUGUAAAAAAUGGCAAAGAAGUCGACAGUGUGGUGGGGGCUGACAAAAAUACACUUGAAAGGAAGAUUGCUCAACAUGCUGGCUCUCUUUAAAUUCUUACCUUAGUACAAUUAUGAUGCUACUAUGUCAUUUCCGUGAUGUUUCUUCUGUUUACACGCCCAUAGCGUCUUACGAAAUUGAGAGUUUCAAUAUGUUUGAUAUUUCUUUUUCGAUACUGGUUUAGUAACUAUGAUAAUGGAAAAAUAUAUAUAACGCAUUAGAUGGUUAUUUGGCGAGUUGUUGAAAUAGAAGGUUUAAUUUUAUUUGA